AGACUUUGGACAAAGCGGGAAGACUUUGAUAGUCUUUACAAUAAUUGUGGGGGAGUACAUAGCUCCAUUCAACUUCUCCCCCCUUGAACCAGCUCCUUCUUCCUCCAAUGUUGCUCCCUGUUUGGCCGGAUCACAAGUUCUGGUACAUCCUCGGGGUCAUCUCGUCACCAUCAUGGUUCUUCUCACUUUUGGCGAUGGAUUUCUUCAAGAAAACCAGUGGCUUCGUUUUCACCUUCCUGAUUUCGGCACUCGUACUUCUAUGGUCUGCCGGUAACUUCGUUGUUUCAAAGCUCUAUUUUUCACUGCGAAGAAAUCCAAAAACCGUUCGUUUCUUCCGCAACUACCAACGUGCCGGAAAAAUUUUCGGCUACGCCCUUCUGUACUUUGGAAAUGUCGGUCUCUACUACUUCUCCGAGAAAUCCGUUGCUUCGAUCCUCACUUUCCUAUUCCUCGCCCUUUACUGUCUCUGCACGCUUUUUUGCAUUCAACCGUAUACGGAUUUUGGCACCAUAGAGUUCCUCCUCAGCGCGAGUAUGAAUCAAACAUUGAGUCUUUUCGGACUCCGUUCAUUGUACUCGUGGCUCGUUAUAAUUGCGUGUAUUGUUAUAGCUGGGAUCCGGUACAUUCUAGAACCGGCGCAUCUCCCGGGAUCAGGAGCGACUGGCGAUGAAGAUCAACUCGGUUCAGGGCAAUUACUUCCCAUUACUAGUAAAAAAGAAGACCCCCCUCCGCCGAGUGUGUUGUUGAAAGAAGAGCCCUCUGUCGGUAGUGGGGUGCCGGAGCCUGAAAAAACAGAUCUGGUUUUCUUUGAAGGGUCGCCUUAUAGUUUUUAUCUACAUCUUGAGGAUUUAUUGCGGGCAUCAGCUGAGGUACUGGGUAGGGGAAGUUAUGGGUCUGCUUAUAAGGUUAUGUUGGAGGAUGGGUCAACAUUGGUGGUAAAACGUUUGAAAGAAGUUGUAGUGGGGGAGAAGGAAUUUGAACAUCAGAUGGAGAUUAUAGGGAGCGUCGGGCGGCACCCAAAUGUUUUGCCGCUCCAGGCUUAUUAUUACUCGAAAGAUGAGAAGCUCCUGGUUUCUGAUUACAUCCAGGGUGGCAGCUUGUAUGCGCUCUUGCAUGGAAACAGGGAUGAUGCCGGAAGAACUCCGCUAGAUUGGGAAUCAAGAUUUAAGAUUUCCCUUGGAACCGCCGAGGGAAUCGCCCACAUCCAUUCUGUUGGCGGUCCAAAAUUCACUCACGGAAAUAUCAAAUCCUCAAACAUCCUCCUCAGCCAAGACACCAACGCUUGUGUCUCCGAUUUCGGUCUAUCCCCAUUAAUGAGCUUCCGGGCCGGUGCUCCACGAAACGGUGGUUAUCGGGCUCCUGAAGUAAAUGAAACACAAAAACAGACUCACAAAUCCGACGUGUACAGCUUCGGAGUCCUACUGCUUGAGAUGUUGACUGGAAAACAACCCGGCGACAUGGUCGACCUACCUACUUGGGUCCAGUCGGUCGUGAGGGAGGAACGGACGGCUGAUGUUUUCGACGUGGCAUUGACGUUGUUCCAGAGUAUUCAAGAGGAUAUGGUGCAGCUGUUGCAGAUUGGGAUGGCUUGUACAGAGAUGAACCCGGAUAACCGACCGAGUAUGGAAGAGGUAGUUAGGAUGAUUGAAGAGAUACAGCCAUCCGACUUGUAGAACCGGCCGUCUUCAGAAGAGAACAAGGAUUCUAAUGUUCAGACCCCUUGAUUAUCUUGAGUGUUGUUCUUUUCAUUCUUUCCUAGUCAGAAAUUUGUUCAGCCAAGUACAAAAGUCAAAAUAAGCCUGCUUGGUGAGUAAGGUUUCGAUCACUCCAAGGGUGUUUGUGCUCAACUGUGUUAUUUUUCUUAGGAAAAUUGGUGAGGAUCUAUCUCACAGCCAUCGUGAUUAGAUUGUAAACACGAUGCGAUGCUCAUUUUAAGCCGUAUUUGGAAGUUAAGCUAUUGAGAAGUUGAUUGCUUGAUUAGAUAUUGAGCUUUCAGUUGCAGACUUGUAGGACUUUAAUGACAAGCAUCUAUUUUCG